GCCAGUGGUCCCCACUUUUGCCCGGGCGGCCAUGUCCAGGCCAACUUCCGGGAGGGGGAGACGCCCUUUACCCUUGCGCCCUUCACCGGCUUCGUGGCUGAACUUCGGCUGCGAGAGGCCUGCGAUGUGAUGGUUGCCGCGUUGCAUGGCCUCGUGCAGGGUGGAGGCUUGGCCUUGGCGCAGGUGGCAGAUUUCAGGUUUGCGGAUGUAGAGACCACCUUUGCCAUAGCUAACUUGUCCCGGGGGGCUGUGCCUUGCAUCCUUUUGUCGAGAACUCUGGUUCUCGUCCUUCCUUUCUCUGCAGCCAUGGCUUUUUACUUGGAAGAUGCAAUUUGGGAUGCUCAGGGCAUUUUGGCGCUGGGGCUUGUGCAGGCUCUUUGCGCUUCACCUUCCAGUACGCGUGCGGCUGCCUUGGCCACCCCAAGCCAAGAGCGCAGCAACUUCUUCGCUCUCCGUUCUUUCCAUGCCUUGCGCGUGCCAGAUGCACACCGCUUUGCAGAGGAAGCCCGCGGCCUGCAGCUUUCCCUCAGCUGUGGCGAGGCUUUUCGAAACAUCCCCCUCCCUGCACCUCCAGCACCCCAGAGGCCUCCGUUUGCCGCAUCGCGUCACAAGGACAGUCAGCAGAGCCCGUUGGCAGUCGCGAGAGCCGAUGGUUGUCGUGAGAACUUUGCUAAGCCUGCUGGCGAGAAGUUGGAAGGCCGAGUUGGCUUUUUCAAGAGUUCCUGUGCAGUGACCUGGGACAAGAUCGACUUUCAGGCGGAGCGCCUGAAGGCCGCGAUAAACUCAGCUCGCUCCGUCACCUGGGCCCUUAGAUCUCCUUUGUCCUCGGCGUCCUCGGCCUGCCCAGCCCUGAAGCUCCCCCUCUUGCCCGAGCGGCCGCUAGAAACGGAGAAGUCCAAGGCGCCGCUUCCUGGCUCGAGGAGGCGGACCCAGCUCCUCAGUCGCGAGGCCUUCGCAGCGCUCCGGCGCCAGGGCCAAGGCCGCCAAAGCCCGGGAGAUCCUCCUUUUGCAGACUCUGUGUUUUGUGCGCCCUCGAACGCGGCAGCUGUUGAGGAUGUUUCGGUGAGAAGCUUUGCCGCUCCUUCGUCGGCACAGGGUUUGCUGUGCCUCUGCUUGCAGGGGAGCGGUCCACACUUCUGCCCGGGAGGCAAUCCGAGUGCAAGGUCCAGAGGAGAAUCGCCUUUCCACUCUGCUCCCUUUGCUAUGUUCCUAGCAAUUCUUCGGCUACAGGAGCUCGAUGUGAUCUCCGCAGCCUUGCAGGGAAUCGUCCUGGGAGGUGGCCUGGCCAUGGCUUUGCUUGUCGACUUUCGGGUGGUGGACAGCUCGGGGGAUGGUGCCCUGUAUGCUUCUGUCCUCCCACUGCACCUGACCCUGUCUGCUGCCAUGGACCUGUACCUCACCGAUGACACACAGACAGCAUUCUGGGCAGCCAUGACCUUGAAUGCUGCUGUGGCUCCUGCUGGUGAAAUCCGAGGCCAGGCCAUGGAGCAGCUGGUCCACGCCCAACAUCGCUCUCGAACUUUGCCUGGUCCUGAGAUUGUUGUGCGGUUUACCGAAGAGGCCGUGGCCCUCCGUUUGAGCCUGCUCAGUGAGACGAUCCUUGCACCUAUGACUGCCCUGCCGAACUUGGAGGCCAAUGUUGAGAUGGAGAUGCCUGUGGAACCUCCACUUUCAGAACCCUAG